AUGAGAAACCAUACAUCUUUAACUACAUUCAUACUUCUAGGACUUACAGAUAAUCCUCAAAUGCAAGUUCUGAUUUUUAUAUAUCUGUUUGUCUCCUACAUAUUGAGUAUGACUGGGAACCUGCUCAUCAUCACACUCACUUUACUGGAUUCCCACCUUAAAACCGCCAUGUACUUUUUCCUCAAAAAUUUCUCCUUUUUAGAAACUUUAUUCACCACAGUCUGUAUUCCCAGAUUCCUAUAUAGCUUGUCAACUGGGGACAAGACUAUCUCUUAUGAUGCUUGUGUUGCUCAACUAUUUUUUGGCAUCUUGUUUGGAGCUACAGAAUUUUUUCUCCUAGCCGUCAUGUCGUAUGAUCGCUAUGUAGCUAUCUGCAAACCCUUGCACUAUGUGACCAUCAUGAAUAGCAAAGUCUGCGGAUGGCUUGUUACCUGCUGUUGGAUAGCAGGUUUGUUGGUCAUAUUCCCACCACUUUGCCUGGGCUUAAACCUGGAAUUCUGUGACUACAAUGUCAUCGAUCAUUUUGCCUGUGAUGCUUCUCCUAUGUUAAAAAUCUCUUGUUCAGACACAUGGCUUAUAGAGAAGAUGAUCAUUGCCCUUGCUGUGCUGACCACCAUCAUGACACUUCUGUGUGUAGUCCUGUCCUAUGUGUAUAUCAUCAAGACCAUCAUAAAGUUCCCUUCUGCCCAGCAAAGAAUGAAGGCCUUUUCUACCUGCUCAUCUCACAUGAUUGUGGUUUCUAUCACAUAUGGUAGUUGUAUUUUUAUCUAUAUCAAACCUUCAGCAAAAGAUAGAGUGGCAAUUAAUAAGGGUGUGUCGAUGCUUAAUACAUCAUUUGCCCCCAUGUUAAACCCAUUUAUUUAUACCUUGAGGAAUAAACAAGUGAAACAAGCUUUCACAGACUUAAUCAAAAGAAUUUCAUUGAUCUCAAAGAAGUAA